CGUGGAGGUGAUGAUGACAUCAACGGAUCCUCUUGUAGUUGGAGGCGUAGUUGGAGAUGUUUUGGAUCCUUUUACGAGGUCAAUCUCAAUGAGGGUCACUUACAGUAAUCACAGAGAAGUCUUCAAUGGUCUUGAACUCAAACCCUCCCAUGUUUCUAGCAUUCCAAGGGUUGAUGUUGGCGGCGAUGACCUCAGGACCUUCUUCACUCUGAUUAUGGUGGACCCUGAUGCGCCGAGCCCAAGCGAACCAAAUAUGAGAGAGUACUUGCAUUGGUUGGUAACUGAUAUUCCAGCGACUACAGGACCAAGCUUCGGGCGAGAGAUAGUGAGCUAUGAGAGUCCAGGGCCAACGAUGGGGAUUCAUCGUUACGUGUUUGUGUUAUUUCGUCAAUCAAAGGGAAGACAAAUGGUCGAUGCUACUGAGUGGCCGCGUCAGAAUUUCAACACUCGAGAUUUCUCUGUGCGCUUCAACCUCGGAUCUCCUGUAGCUGCUCUGUUCUUCAACUGCCAACGACAAGCUGGUUGUGGUGGAAGAAGAAUAUAAUGCACACACAGUACACAGUAUAUAAUAAAUAUACGAAUAAAUUAAAGAUUUGAUUUUGAUCGAAUCUGGAAGGUUAUAAUUAGACAAUUCAGUUCUCCAGGAGACUGUAUCUGUGUGAUAAAGAUAGAAAGUCAUUAAGGAAACCGAAUAAUGUUUGAGCAAUAUUAAUCCUGAUGAUAUGUCAUGAGCAUAUAAUAUUACCUUUGUGAUUG